GUCUCAAUGUGUUUGAGUUCUUGCUGCUACCUGUCUUUGUAUUUUUCUAUCAAGAACUCAGAUGUCAAAUAUUGAGAUCAUUUUCUUGAUUGAUUUCGUUCUCGGAUAGUGGAUAAGCCAAAUAGAUAGUAACUUUGCCUCCAGUGUGAACACAUUUAGUCUCAUGUUGGUGCUCCUCAAAGUCAACACAUUUCUUUAGCCGACUACAUUACUCGCUUUGGUUAGUGGACCAUACCCACUUUUUAGAGUAAACUAUAUUCAAUUUUGAUAUGGCUUCCUUCCUUCUCUUAUUCUGCAGCAUUCAUGGUGUUUUCGCUUCUGAGCUGUUGAGAGUGGAUUAAUGGAGUUCCUCUGAGGAGUUUACACACAUUAAAUCUGGUGCUCUUAAGGAUAAAUCUUGUAGAGAGUCUUUACGAUGGAUUGGUUGAGAACAAAAAGAAUCAGAGCCAAGAAAAGGAAGAGGAAUGUCAAAGAGAAUGGCGAGGUUGUUCUAAAAGAGCUCAUUGAAUGUUGUGAUGGAAAAUGCAAUCCUAUCAAGAACUUCUCUUACGACCAGAUCAUCAAAGCAACAAAUAACUUCUGCCAAAGUAACCGUGCUUCUCGGAUUGAUGUUUAUUACCGUUGCUAUAAAGGCAUGCUUGAUGACCGGCCAGUGCUCAUCAAGAAAGGGAAAUACACACUUGAUAUGAAAGAGAUUUGUCGCGACAUAGCUAUCUCAUCGAUGGUUAGUGGUCAUAAGAACUUCCUCAAACUAUUGGGAUGUUGUCUUGAGUUCACUCCUCCUGUCUUAGUUUUUGAGUAUGCAGAGGUUAUAACUCUUGGUCCAUUGCUUACAUCUCAUCCGGGAUAUCUGAGGAGGAUAAAGAUAGCAAGAGAGGUCGCAAAUGCUUUGACUUACCUUCACACAGCAUUCUCAAGAGUUUUCAUCCAUUCGAAUCUAGAUCCUUUCACCAUUUUCUUAGAUGGAAAUGGGGUCGCAAAGCUCGGGAAUUUCUGCAACUGUAUCACAAUUCCAGAAGGAGAGACAUUUGUUCAUGAUGAUACAUUACAGAAAUACCAUGAGUUGAGGCAUAAUACAUUAAAGGGGACACAUGGGCUUGGUGUAUGUAACUUACCGGUCAUUGAUCCCGACUACAAAUCAACCGGUAAAGUCACGACAAAGACUGAUAUGCACAGCUUUGGAGGAUUCAUGCUAGCUCUUGUGCAGAUAAGGGAAGUUGAUGAUGAGCUAUCUCUAUCUUCGGAUAUGCUGAGAGCAUUAGCUGACUUGUUCAUCAAACCUUAUGAUGAUGUUCGCUAUGUUCACUUCCCGCUUCACCAUCAUGUUUCUAAGAUACUGAGGAAGUUUGGGUAUGCAGAGGUUGUAGAUUCAGAUAUGAGCGAGGUAGCUGCUUGGCCAAUUAAAGCCUUUCUUAGAUUAGCGUUGAGAUGCAUUGGAUGCAAGUUGGGAGACCCGUUGAGUAGCAUGAUUCAAGUGACGAAAGAGCUCAGGCUGAUUGAGAAAUCUGCAUAUUAUCCAUCAAACAACAGAUCACAGAUGAGCUCCAUAUGACAGGAUUCUUUUUGUAGUCAAACAUUAAACCAGGAAUGUUAUUAUAGUAGCUUCAGUCUGAAACAUUAACAUUCAGAUUUUUCCCAAUAGAAAAAGCAAAAUGUUCACAGAUUUGCUUCUGUUAC